AACUCUUCUAUGGUAUUCAAUCUACUGUCUGUGAGCGAAUAUUGUGAAAAGUAAUAAAUCAUAAAAUUUUAAUAAAUAUAAAUAAAAAGUUAAAUAUUCCUACCACCAAAUGUAUCGAGUGUGUCGCUUAGUAAAGUAAAUGUGAAAAUUCAUAUAAAAUAGAUUAUAUGAAUGUAUAGUAUUCAACCUACUGUUUGUGAGCUACAAGUAGUGAAGAUGCCUAAAAUAAAUCAUGUAAUUUUAAUAAAUAUAAAUAUGCCUGCAACGAAAUGAAUCGAAUGUGUGGCUCAGAAAAGAGUUAACAAUGUCACAUAAACCAACACCAUACUCACCAAAUUUCCCUGCAAGUCAUGGAUAUGUACCUCCACCAGAAGGAGAAAAGCCAAAUGAAAGUUACCCCAUGCAUCCUCAAAGCGGCUAUCCUGGCCCACCACCCACUCCUAUGCCACACCCCGGCCUACAUCCUGGGGCACAACCCCUUCCGGGCAUGCAGCAUGGGUUCCAGCCAGGAUUUCAACCUGGCUAUCAACCAGGAUUUGCUCCUGGAUAUCCUCAGCCUAGUGGAUAUCCGGUACCAGUGAUGCAACAACCAGGUCCACAAGCUCCAGGUGGUUGGAUGAAUAUGCCGCAAGGCCUCAGCAACUGCCCUCGAGGUUUGGAAUACCUUUCCAUGAUUGACCAACUGAUAAUGCAUCAGAAAGUUGAAUUAUUAGAAGCUUUUGUUGGGUUCGAGACAAACAACAAAUACACAGUUAUGAACAGUGUUGGUCAAAAAGUUUAUUAUGCGAUUGAGGAUAAUGAUUGCUGCACAAGAAACUGCUGCGGACCUUUACGUCCUUUCGAUAUGAAAAUUAUGGACAACUUCAAUAAUGAGGUGUAUUCGAAGGAUGGAGAAACGAAAGUUGGCAAAAUCACGAAGUCGUGGUCUGGAUUUGCACGCGAAGCCUUCACCGAUGCCGACAAUUUUGGGAUAAGUUUCCCGAUGGACCUGGACGUCAAAAUCAAAGCUGUACUCCUUGGAGCAUGUUUUCUCAUAGAUUUUAUGUUCUUUGAAAAAGGCAACAACAAUCGCAACUGAUGAAUUCAAAUUUCUUCAACACAACUGAACUUUUUUUUUUAUAUUCAAAAAAGAAGGGCCAAGGCCUUAUUGAUUACCACUGCUGCAACUUCCAACUAUGAGAUUUAAGUUUUGAUACGAUUUUACAUGUUUUUCUAAUAUUAAGAUAUUAACAAAACUCUUAUCUGUUCGUUUCUUAUGUUAGUCUUAUUAAUGAUUACUACGUACAGUCAGAAUAAAUGAUUACUUUGCGUUAUAAUUUUCGGGAAUGCUGCAUUAAAUUAUGGAUAAUCUUUGUCAGACAAUGACCUUAUGCAAGCUGUAAGGGCCUAAUAUACGGGUUUUAUGUAUGUAGUAAGAAUAGUCUUUUUGCGGGGUUUAUGUUUUAUUGGACAAUGAAUUUAAAGUUAUGAUUAAUCUUUUAUGUGGAUUGCUAUUUAUAUUCUCGUACUUCAACGUUGACAGAUUUUAACGGAACAUUUUCUUAGAUUAUUUCGUCAAUUUGUGUAAGUAAUUAAAUGUUGAUAAUCUGAAUCUGAUUUUGACACGUUUGUGUGUUAGCACUUAAUUAUAUUUUAUGAUUAGUAUGUAAGAAAAAUAUAUUAUGAAUUGUUUGUAACCUUUAUUGUUAAAUUUGUGCAUUUAAUCUUCUAUUUAACUUAUAUAACGAGUCUCUUGAUUAAAUCUUUUCUAUUACUUAAAUUUAAUACUUAUAUAAUUUGGAACGCGUACGGUACGUUUAAUACGAGGUUGAAAGAUUCAGUGACCGUUUCCGAAAUCGAAAAGGAGUUUGUAUAUCUCACCAUAAGUAGCAUUUUAUUUGUAAAACAUAAAUGUAGGAUAUUAAUGGUCGCACGAGAUUGUUGACCUCAAGCUUCAGCUGAUGUUUAAUUAAUUUAUGUUGUGUGCAGUGUAAUAUAAUAGGGUAAAAUAUUUUUUUGUCUGCCAUAAUUUUAGUGUUAUGAUGUCAUGAAUAAACGGUCUUCACUUCGACAACGGUCACUUACACCCGGAAUAUAAAAAAUUUACACCAAAGCUCUUCGUCAAUAAUUUAAUUAAUAUUUUUUAAACAAUUUAUUAAAAGAGUAAAACGAAAUUAACUCGAACGUAGGCUCGAGUGCCCGGUCACUCGACUAAAAAGUCCAAUUUCCACAUUACUAAAUAUGUCCAUAGGUUUGAACUCUAGUGUGCCAGUCAAAGUUAUUACCGCAGGGUUUUUGAUGAUAAAUAGAUGAGCCGCUCCUGUAAGCGAGUCGUACGCUCGCUUGUAUGCAAAGCGAAUAAAUUUUUUUUAACAAGGCUCAUAGCUAAUACCUUUGCAUUUCCUGAGAUACGAGUUUGAAGUAUAUUACAUUUUUUUAUGGAUCUUGUAUCUGACCAUACAUACGGCCCACUUCAUGAUGAGUGGUUACCAUCGCCCAUAGACGUCAGCAAUGUCAGGGUCAGAACCAAGCGGCUACCUACCGCGAAGUACUCUCCAAUGUGCUUAGUGCGAGUUUCUUAACGUUCUCGAUAGCGUAAAAGUUGGCUCAUACUUGUAUGGAGUGGGAUCGUUUGCGUACGUUUGCCGCUAGGGGGCGCUGUUCCAACUGCAUAUUUAUUUGGCUUAACUUUGACGCUAUCGAGAACGUUAAAAAACUCGCACUAAGCAUACAGUAGAUUGAAAUAAUUGCUGUUAUCAUACAAUCGUUUCCAAGAUGCUAGAGCAGUGAUGCAGCAUGUUUAGUCAGUGGAAACGAAGGUUUACUAGUAAGAUGCUUUUUUUAAAAUAUAUUUAUGGCUCUAUUCAUUUUGCCAGUUAAAAUGUAUCCUUUUAUAUUUUUAUAUAAUAGAAUAACGUUCGAAACACGAUCUUAUGAUUUGAAUCUAUAACUCUUAUUUUCUCGUUAAUAUACGGUUUAUUAUUAACCUAUAGAAACAAGUUAAAUGAAGUGUUUGCUAAUUAUUUUAUAAUAAAUUUUUAUUUGACA